CGUUCACAUUCUCCUCACUGAAGUGCAGAAGAGACUCUUCUCACAAUAUCACACACUCUCAUAAAGGCAAGGACACAGAGGCUUUUACACACUCGCAUCCAGAUAGGUAUUUUGGCAACAUUGUCCAAAAAAAGGCUUUCACGGUGCAAUGGAUAUUGGUGGGCUAUUUAACCCUUAAUGUCAAGGAAAUGGAACAUCAGCACCGACAAAUUCAAAAUAUGAUCUAAAUACAAGAUAUGAUCUAAACAUCUAAAUACAUCAGAAAGGAGGUUUUCCUUACUCCCCUCAGUGAAAACUGUUGGAACAACUCUAUUGGACCUCCAUGAUGAGCUUGAAAAGAAGAAAAUCGAGCAUGGCGUUUAGCUGGCAUAAGUCAUUUACCAUCCUCACACCUUGGAGGAAAGGCAAAGGGGACAUGGCUUUAGAAAGUGAGGUUGUGCUGACGAAGAUGAAGCUCUUCAAAAACUUCCAUGAGAAACUGUUAAAUACGGAGGACUCUGUGUCAAACAUGUCCAUGUCUGAGCAGGAAAUCCCUACACCACUCCAGGCUGAAGAAGCAAUCUCUGUGAACAGUGCAGCACCUGAACCAAACAUGGUGGAAUCAAAGAAAGACUAUUUAUCUGCAAUUUUUUCCAGUUCCCAGUUGCCAGGUUUGUACAAAUUUGAAUCGGAAGACUCUGGGGUAGAGAUGCCUAGUGGAGCGAACUCACCAUCUACUCCAACGGGCUCAGAGCAGAGCUUUGUUGUUCACAGUAGAGAGUCUUCAUGUGACUCUAGCAAUCCGAACUCUCACAUACAAGCCAGAAGUCAUCUCCUCUCACUGGAACAGAGUACAGAAUCCUUUCAGACUGAACCAGCAUCAUGUACAUAUGCCCAAGAAACCAAUCUCACAAUACUGCAAGACAGACCAGAGGAUGAGAUGGAUAAUGUUCAACUGGAGGUUGUAAGAGAUUCAGAAAGCUUAGAGAAUGGAACCUUGGUGAAAGCCUCAGAAAGCUAUGAGGAUGGCUCUUUAUGUGCAGAGACAAUCGAUACAAUAACAGAGGGUGAUGCUGCUGAGGACACAGGAUCAAUUAUCCAUGCCAUUGACACAUAUGAUGGGAACAUGGAAGUGGAUUUGCAACAGCAGACAUUAAGGAAAAGUACAACGAGUGACAGUCUGGAUGAAUACAUGGAGGAGUGUUGCAGGCUUAGUGAGGUGAAUCAGACUCAGUCCAACCCACUAGGUUCAGGACUGGGCUACCUGGAACACAUCUGCCAGCUCAUCGAGAAAAUCGGACAGCUUCAGGAGCACAACCUCAAAUUGCAGAAACAGAUCUGUAUACUGCAGAAGGACGGCAAGAUGAAGAAAACUAAAGUGGAUUUCUUCCUACAGCAUUGUCACUGUGGCGCGUCCAGCUUGGCUUUUCCAGAGCUGAAGAGACAUUCACGCAGUGACUACACCAGCCUAACAGCAUCCAGUGGCACACUGUCUGACCUCACCACCAUUCCUGAGGGCACACAUAUCCCCCUCAGGCCAGCCUUUAGCGAUUGUGAAGGAGGCUGCCAGCAGAUCUUGCCUGUGUGGAGAAAAGGGUUUACCAGGAGGAGCUAUACAGAGGGGGAGGCCAGAUACCUGAGUGACAGCUCAGAGGUACUCUCUGCUCCCCAUAGACGGCCAGAGAACUAUGCAUGGGGCAGGGUGAAGGAGUUGGUGAAGAAGAGCAAGCUGAGGAACCAAAGCAAACUAGGUCUGUCAUCCAGCUCCUUCAAGAGGUCAUGUCCACAGUUAUACCGGCCUGAAUUGGGGCAAAUUGAACUAUCCAGAAGAGACAGGAACUCUAUGAUUGUCCUCGGGCAUCAAAAAUUGGACUAUCAUUGGCCCCACUAGCAUUGAUCAGCUGGACACUGAACAGAUGCCGUAUGAUGAGAAAACAUUUCCCUGAAGAGGAGGACAUGCUGAAGUUGUACAGAACCACAGAACCUAGGCAAAGGAAGACAAGGAAAGGGAGGACAAGAUGAUGUUGAUGAGAAAGUGAUAUGUGAUUGAUGAUGGAAGGGUACAGAUAGAAAAUUGAGGUGACCCUCGUAGCUCAUACCCACAACAUUUAACAGAAAAUUCUUUAUGUUGAUAUGAGUGCACAGUGGACCUACAAAUACAAUGGGUUCCUUUUCACUUUGUAUGUUAGAUGCUAUAUAUGAAUGUUUAAAAAAAAAGUGUUGGCCAUUUGUAUAGUGUAUACAAUGCCAUGCACAAGAGGUGUUACCAGAAAGUAGCAUAACAAAUAAGACAUUUUUGUCAGAACAGCAUAAAUGUCAAUAUAUUCACAUAAAUAAAAUUAAAAAAAAAACAGGAAUAUUUGAAUGUUUACUUCAACAAUAUACUAUGUUAAAAAAAAAACUUUACUAUUGGCUGCUUUUACUUGGGCCAUUUCAAUCAGACUCAGUCUGUUCUGACCAUUUCUGUAAUAUAUCUAAAAGAUUCCCCAACAGUAACAAGAAGCAAAACAUAUGAGAUACUGUUAAGCAGUCUAUAUUUAGAAGAAAAUUGCCUUAAAAAUUGCCUGUGGUCCACCUGACUGCCAGGUGUUACACACUGUUCAUGAUAAUAUAGCUACAGAUAAUACAUAUAAGUAUUACAUCAUAACCAGUCUGCCAGUAACUGUGUCCAAAAACGUAACUGCUAUGUUAUGUAAAUAUAUUACAUUUACAGGACAGCAUGCAGUGAGCAAGACAAACUGGCUAAAGUGUUUCUAUUCCCAGUGCAAAGCCAAGUCAGUACACAACAGUAGCAUCAUAGCCUACUAUGUCAAACAUAGAGUUAAUAAAGGAAGAAAUGUAAGUAUUAUUUGAAUAUGUCUUGCAGUGUGUAUUUUGGUUUGGUGAAAAAGCAUUAAACACUAGAUGGUUUACUGUAUAUUGUUUACUUGCAAUAUUGUAUUUACAAGUUUACAUACUGAAUUUGUCAGAUGGCUUCUAUGGAAAAAAAAAAAGUAUGACUCUUGAUGUAUUGAAAAGAAUUUUGUUGAGAGCUCUCAUACUGUAUAUUGUACUAUACCAAAAUGGAUGGAAUAUUUCAGUAUGCAUAUUGCAUUCCUAUUCCAAAUUAUUUUUAAUAAAUAAAAUUGUGAUAUUUCUAAACAAGUAGUAGUCCUAUUUAUGUUUCACAAAUAUCAUUCAUUCCUUUGUCUAAGAUUCAGUUUGAAUUUAAAAUGAAUUCGAUGGGAUUCUGCAGGACACAGGUCAUCCAUUCCAUUUCUACCUCCUCGUUACUGUUACUUUUCCUUACAAAACAAGGGGAAAUUUAAACAACCACUGAGUUAUACCAAAGUAUAUCAGUUGUACUUUUUGUCAAGUAUGCUUAAAUUAUAUAAAUUAAAUGCAUUGAUAUUUGAUCCUAUAAUAAUGUGAUAUUUAUGCUUGUUUGAAUUGUAUCAAAUUGUAUGAUAUAUGUUCAGCAAAAAAACAUCCCUUUUUCUCAGGAGACUGUAUUUUAAAGAUAAUUUUGUAAAAUCUAAAUAAGCUUUAUAGAUCUUUAUUGGAAAGGGUUUAAACAAAGUUUUUCAUGCUUGUUCAAUGAACCAUAAACAAUUAUUGCACAAGCACCUGUGGAACAGUCCUUAAGACACUAACAGUUUACAUGCAGUAGGCAAUUAAGGUCACAGUUACAAUAACUUAGGAAACUAAAGAGACCUUUCUACUGACUCCAGAAAAACAUCAGAUGGAAGAUGCAAAGGGUUCCUGCUCACCUGCAUGAACAUGCCAUAGGCCUGCUGUAGGGAGGCAUGAGGACUGCAAUAAACUGCAGUGUCUGUAAUGUAAGACGCCUAAGACAGUGCUGCACGGGGACAGGAAGGACAGCUGAUCACCCUUGUAGUGGAAAAUGAAAUGUAAUCAUGUGUCCCCCAAGAUGUGAUCGAGAACUUGCAAAUGCCUUGGUGGAAGAGUGGAGUAACAUCUCAAAGCAAGAACUGACAAAUCCGGUGCAGUCAAUGAGGAUGAGCUGUACUUAAAGCAGCUGGUGAACACACCAGAUACUGACUGUUACUUUUGAUAUCGACCCCGACUUUGAUCAGGGACUCAUUAUUCCAUUUCUGUACAUCAAAGGUCUGUUAAACUUGUAUAGUUUAUGUCUCACUUGUUCAAUAUAUUUAUGUUAAUACAAAUAUUUAUACAUGUUAAGAAAUUUGCUGGAAAUAAAAGCAGUUGAAUGUGAGACAAUGUUUCUUUUUUUGCUGAGUAUACUGUAUAUUCAGUUGUAUAUUCCUUUUUUUAUUAUAGUUUUAAAAGUUUAGGCUAGGUGUUCUCUUGAAUGUACAACACAUCUUAAUUCAUACACUUGUCUGUCAUGCAACAAUGUUUUAAUAAACUUAAACUAAAACAA